AUGGCUUCCUUGAUAUUCAAGUUGCUGUUUUUGCAGCUUGUGCUUGUCUUGAUUCAACAUGCUUAUUCUGGUUCUAUCAUCAGAUCUCUUCCUGGUUUUGAAGGCCCUCUUCCCUUCGAGCUCGAAACCGGGUACAUUGGUGUUGGAGAAGCAGAGGAAGAUCAAAUGUUCUAUUACUUCGUAAAGUCUGAGAGUAAUCCUAUAGAAGACCCUCUUCUUGUCUGGUUAACUGGAGGACCUGGCUGCUCUUCUUUCUCUGGUCUUGUUUAUGAGAAUGGUCCUCUUGCUUUCAAAGUUGAGACUUACAAUGGAAGUGUUCCCACGUUGGUUUCUACUACAUAUUCAUGGACUAAGGUUGCUAAUAUAAUCUAUUUAGAUCAGCCUGUUGGGACUGGAUUCUCCUACUCAAGAAAUCCACUAGCUGAUAUACCAAGUGACACAGGAUCAGCUAAACGGGUCAACGAGUUUCUUCGUAAUUGGCUAGCUAAGCAUCCUGAGUAUUUCUCCAAUCCUUUCUAUGUCGCCGGGAAUUCUUAUUCCGGUAAGGUUAUUCCGGCCAUCGUCCAAGAAAUCUCAAAUGGAAAUUAUAUAUGCUGCAAACCUCAAAUAAAUCUUCAGGGCUAUGUGAUCGGAAACCCGGUAACAUACUAUGAUCAUGAUAAAGACUCUCGCAUUCCAUUUGCUCAUGGAAUGGGGCUCAUCUCUGAUGAACUCUUCGAGUCUUUGAAGAGAAGCUGUGGAGGAAACUAUAAUACUGUUGAUCCUCUUAACACAGAAUGCUUGAAACUGGUUGAAGAUUAUCACAAGUGUGUUUCUGGAAUAUAUGAAGAACUUGUUAUAGCACCAAAAUGUGAAACUACAUCUCCUGAUUGUUAUACGUAUAGGUAUUUGCUAUCCAAUUACUGGGCUAAUAACAAGAGUGUCCGCAGAGCACUCAAAGUUGUGAAGGGGAGUAAAGGGAAAUGGGAACGAUGUGACUAUGCCGUGCAUUGCAAAAAAGACAUAAUAAGUAGCAUACCAUACCAUAUGAAUAACAGCAUCAAAGGUUAUCGAUCUCUCGUCAUUAGCGGUGAUCACGAUAUGACAAUCCCGUUCGUUGGAACUCAAGCAUGGAUAAGCUCUCUCAACUAUUCCGUUAUUGACAAAUGGAGGCCAUGGAUGGUACUCGAUCAAGUCGCCGGAUACACCAAGACUUAUGCUAAUAAGAUGACAUUUGCCACUGUGAAAGGAGGCGGGCACACGUUAGAGUAUAAACCAGAGGAGUGUUCAAUCAUGUUCAAGAGGUGGAUAAGUGGCCAACCUCUCUAAACACACAAACCUCAAUCUUGGAAUGCAUCUUACAUUAAUUAAUGUUGAAGCGGAAAGUGUUUGGUUUGAUGAUUCAUCUGAAAUAAAUGUUACAUGUUUACACUAUCUAUAUAUUAGAAGACAACA